AUGACCAGAUAUAUGAAAGAGGUCGAACACAGGAAUCAUACAGAAGUGAUAGAAUUCAUCCUCUUGGGGUUGUCUGAUAAUCCAGAUUUGCAAAUUGUCCUCUUUGUAUUGUUUCUUUUAAUCUAUAUUGCUACUAUGGUGGGUAAUUUAGGCAUGAUCAUAUUAAUUAAGAUUGAUCCUUCUCUUCACACUCCCAUGUACUUCUUUCUCAGCAGUCUCUCUUUUGUUGAUGCUUCAUAUUCCUCUUCUGUGACUCCUAAGAUGCUGGUAAACCUUGUGAGUGAGAAUAAGGCCAUUUCUUUUAACGGAUGUGCAGCCCAGUUCUAUUUCUUUGGCUCCUUCCUGGGAACAGAAUGUUUUCUAUUGGCUAUGAUGGCAUAUGACCGCUAUGCAGCCAUUUGGAAUCCUCUUCUAUACCCAGUUCUCAUGUCUGGAAGAGUUUGUUUUUUAUUAGUAGCAAUCUCCUUCUUAGCAGGUUUUGGGAAUGCUGCCAUACACACAGGGAUGACUUUCAGAUUGUCUUUUUGUGACUCUAAUAGGAUCAACCAUUUUUACUGUGACACCCCACCAUUACUCAAACUGUCUUGUUCUGAUACUCACAUCAAUGGCAUUGUGAUCAUGGCUUUCUCCAGUUUUAAUGUCAUUAGUUGUGUUUUGAUUGUCCUCAUUUCCUACCUUUGUAUUCUAAUUGCCAUUUUGAGAAUGCGCUCAACAGAGGGAAGAUAUAAAGCCUUCUCUACCUGUGCCUCCCAUCUCAUGGCUGUCACCAUAUUUUUUGGAACAAUUCUUUUCAUGUAUUUGCGUCCAACAUCUAGUUACUCAAUGGAGCAAGACAAGAUUGUUUCUGUCUUUUAUACAGUUGUGAUACCCAUGUUAAACCCUCUCAUCUAUAGUUUGAAAAAUAAGGAUGUAAAAGGAGCCCUAAAGAAGAUAUUGAGGAAAAACAUGCUGUAA